CAAACUGAGUCUAUUUAUUACUUUUAUAGAUGUUAAUCUAUUAUAGAUUGAAACAAUUCUGGACAGCGUACCCUACCUGUUUAUAAGCAAGGUCUCGUUGUAAACGACCGUAAAUCCAAUAUACAGCGCGAACAAUUUGAGAAACCUCCUGAACCGGUGUUACUUUUCUGUCCUUUUUACUGGCGUGUAGGGAUUUUACAUCGGGGAUCUGCAGGUUUCUGAGUAAAACUGAAGUUGAGCAUGUAACAAUAGCAGCAAACUGCCCUAAAUUUAUGAUAAAGAGGUUCGGGUGUUUCCAGGGAACGAGAGCUGAAGCAAAUCACGAUUCAGAGUGACCCAGGAUGCUGCAAACAAGACAGCAGCUUAUUGCAAACCGCCCAGAAAACAAGUGAGGAAACAACAAUUUUCUGUUUACGCAAACGCGAGAAAAUAUGCAGGUGCUGGAAAUUCAAGCAACUCACACAAAAUGCAGGAGGAACGCAGCAUCUAUAGGACGAAGUACAGUUGAUGUUUCGGGCCGAGCCCAUUCGUCAGUCCCCGUUUACGUUUAGUUAACUUUUCCAGCCUGUCUGACUAUUCCCGGCAUUGAAUGAGAUGUCAUCACAAGACCGCUUAAAACAAGGUACAGAUGGAUUAACAAAAGCAUCUGACCCGCGUUCUUUGUGGAGAAGUUGUGGAGGCCCAAGCGUUUGUGGGCUCGUCUCUCAAGUUUCAAUACCACCGGGUGCCAAUGGAAAGAUGGUACACAGUUCAUAUGGAAAGGUCCAGCCAGCCAGAGGACAGUGACCUUGGAAGUUGUUCGAGCCAUCUGACAGAGCGCUGCAACGAUGUUUCGUUGUAGACAACCUGAAGUGGACGGUGUGUGGGGUCGGUCGUUCCGCAAAGGAAAGUUGAGAGCUAAAACACACUGCCCCGACCUCACUAGUUCCAGUCAGCAGCGUUCUUAGCCGGAUAAGCAGUGGAAUCGCUAAAGCACAGAAUUCAUUGAUUGAGUGUGUGCCUUCAGGUUCCUGUACCUCCUUCCUGAUGAGGAGCAAUGAAAAGAGGGCAAGUCUUGGGUGUUAGGGUUCCUUAAUGUUGUUUGCCGCAUUUCGGAGGCAUCGCCCCUUGAAGAAGUGCUGGUUGCUGGGUAGGCUACUGCCCAUGAUGGAGCUUACUGAGUUUACAACUUUAUGCAGCUUAUGUUAAUCGUAUGCAGUGGCUCCUCCCGACCAGCCGGCGAUGCAGCCAGUUAGAAUUUACUCUCUGGUGUAACAUUGUCUCACUCUAUUCUAACUCAUCAAUGCUUUAUGGAUACAACACUGAAACAUCUCAUCCUCUUGAUUUAGUUUGGUAUUUAAUUUUAUUAUUUUCUGUAAUAACGAGAUAGAAUUUCAAUAAAUCAUCUUUUUAUUUUAAUUUAAUUGCUAUUUCCCUGACAGCUGCUGUCCAGAAAAAUAACAUCUUUCUAUGAAUUGCUUGGACUGUGAGUGCAAAUUUUUAUUUUCCCCGAAGUGAUUGCCACUGUCUUUCCACCGAGACAGCAAGUGGUACCUUGCAGCACAAGGGUUUCUGUCACUGCAUGGCAAGGUAGCAACUGACUUAUGUUUGAGAGUCCAGACAACCUCUAUUUCUUGAGUUUUAUGAUAAGUUUUUCUUCCUUGGUACAUUGAGAAGGAAGCACGACUGCCCUCACAAUCACUUUCUUCAGGUUGACUAAGGCAAGAAGUAGAAAAAUCACAGAAGGAAAGUCAAAAAGGCUCCCCAGAGCAUCCAUUUAAAGCCCUGUAGGCACCAGAUCAUUAUACACGCCAGCCAACAAAAGACGGAGAUCAGGAAUGGGAGGGUCAAGCUCCAGUGAACAGGUGACAGAGACUGAGACCCCGUCAUUCUUCACACAGGAAGAACUGAGCAAACUGAAGUCUGAUUUUGAAACAGGUGGGGUUGAAAAAGUUAAACCACUGAUACAGAAGAAACUAACUGAUCUGGACAAAACAGAGUUUAACGUCGCAGUGACGGGAGAAACAGGUGCAGGAAAAUCCACCUUCAUCAAUGCCAUGAGGGGACUUCGGAACACUGAUCCGGGAGCAGCUGAAGUUGGGAUCACAGAAACAACAAAGGAGCCAGCCAGGUACUCACAUCCCACUCUGCCCAAUGUUCGCUAUUGGGACCUGCCAGGGAUCGGAUCUACACGAGUCACAGCAGCUAAAUAUCUCACAGAAAUGCAAUUCAAAAGAUAUGAUUUCUUUAUCAUAAUCUCUGCUUGUCGAUUCAGAGCAAAUGAUGUCAAACUUGCCAGGGAGAUUAAACGGCUGGGGAAAAGGUUCUAUUUUGUCCGCUCUAAGAUUGACAUGGAUCUUGACAACAUGAGGGAAGUCAAGAAGGUUAUUAAUGAAGAAGAAGAGCUGAAAAAGAUUCAGAAUGACUGUGUCAGGAGGUUGGCAGAGGCAGGGUUUCCGGAUUCAUCUGUGUUCCUCAUAUCUGGUAAAAAGCCGAAACAUUUUGAUUUCAUUCGGUUAAAUGAAGGACUCGAAGGUGAUCUCAACAAUGUAAAGAAAAGGAUCUUUGUCCUGGCCCUUCCAAAUCUCAGUGUGGAGAUAGUUCAGAGGAAAUCUAAGAUUCUGAGUAAACAUAUCUGGAUGUUUGCAACACUCUCUGGGGGAUUGGGAGCGGUCCCAGUUCCCGGCUUCUCUCUCGCUUGUGAUAUCGGAAUAUUGAUUGGAGCCAUUGUCCACUUCCGGAAAUGCCUGGGUCUGGAUGAUGCUUCUCUUCAAAGACUGGCCAACAGAGCAGGAAAACCUGUGGAAGAGCUGAAGGCGACAGUAAAAGCUCCACUGCUGGGGGACAUAACCCCAGAUGUAAUUAUGAAGAUAGGUUGGGGUACUACUACUGCUGCAGUUUCCCUUCUGGAAAUUGCUCUCCACCAUGUGCCAGUCAUCGGUUCCAUUUUUGGAGCAGGUUCAUCAUUUCUCAUGACACUUAAGAUACUGAGUUGUGCACUAGAUGAUCUUAGAGAGAAUGCAGAGAGAGUGGUGAAAGUUGCCUUUGAAACUGAUUAACUGAGCUGUAUAAGCAUCUACCCAGUGAAUUUAUAUCACACCAUAAUUAAUAUUUUUUAUGAGGUUUAACACCAAAUCUUGUUGUAAUUCAACUCUAUAAUGUUCACUUCUACUGCUUUAGUUCCUGGCAAUUUUUCUUAUCAAUUACCUAAGGGGGUGGGAGGGAGUUUCUAAGCUGCAGCAUUUGUUAGACCAUUGUAAGAUUAACAAAAUGCUACUCUAUCGAUGAACAUUAAAAAUUAGCUGCAUCUGCUUUCAGAAGUGUACACAGAAAAUGUACUUGAUAACUAUUGGUCUAUAGAAGGCACAGCUGGGUGGGUUGCUAUUCAAUAAUCCUUGCAUUACUCAGCCAAUUACUUGUAUAAUAUAUAAUUGCAUAGGCAAAAUGAUAGCUGAUACUUGGGUGCAGUGAAAAGAUGUCUGUAUCAAGGUUGUAAACCAUUGGUUGAAAGGUCAAGUGCCACCCCAACCACCUGUACUAACCUUUGAUGUUAACUUACAGGGAAGAUGUUCACAGCAACUCUUUGCUUAUUGACCUGCUACAUUUGACUUACAUUCAAGAGAACCUCUAAAUAAUAAAAAACAUCUUUGGAGAAUUUGGGUCAAGAUUCAUGGCAAUAUCCUAGAUCAAUGAUGGCCUUGCACAUUUAGUUCUCAAAUGAAAUAGUCAAACAAUUUUAGAGAAUACUCUAUUAUGCAGAUUCUAUGAGUUUCACAUGAUCACUUCUGGACAGUGUAAAUUACUCAUAACACAUAAAUUAAGGAUUAUUCUAAGUUGCUGUCAAAGGGGGGCACUGAAGGUGGACACAAGUGCAAGACACAGAUACUGAAGUACUGGGAACCGGACUGGACUAGAUUUAAGUACAGGACUGGACAGACUAGGAGCUGGGACAGGAACACAGACUAGAGCUAUGAAAGCAGGACCAGGACAAGGAACAGGGAACUAGGAGCCUGGGCUUGGACUCCAAGCCAGAGACUAGACAAGGACACAGGACCUGGGACUUGACUGGGUUUCAGACCCCAGAACCAGGCAAGGACAUGAAGUGGCUACAGGACUGUGUUCUCCAAGGCUUCCCUGGGCAGGACAAGGUACUCCUUCAAUCACAGAGCCAGGAUGCUUUCACAGGGCUGGGCCCCUUCCUUGGACACCAGGCUGGGAUGACUGCUGAGGCAAACUGCCAAGGAAACUGUCAGGGAUUCAGAUAGGGAGGGGAAGAGAACAGUUUUGCCUCAAGAUAACAGCAAAGACAGCCUGACUUACCCCAUAGAGUCAAGAAUAGAAAGGGACAGAUCCCAACACAGGGUAACAGCAAGCACAGUCUGACUUACCCCACAGAGGCAAGGACAGGAAGGGAGCUCAAUCCAGGCUGGCUCCAAGUCUCAGGGCAGCCAGCAACCUUGACUGGUUAUGGAAACAGCCAAAUCCAUAUCUAGCUCAGAGUGGCAGGCAGCCACUCAGCUGGUCUCUGAAACAGCCGAAUCUGUACGACAAUGACAGCUCCGACUAGAGACAACAAGGCUUCAUGAAACAGUAGUCCUUCAACCAGGCCAAGAGAUCACAAAUGGCUGCUCCAGCUUUCCCCCAGCAGGUUGCUCCCAGGGGAUACUGACAAGCCAAACCAGCACCCACACUCGACCCCAGAGCCGCUUAUAUUCCCAGCCCCAAGAUGAGCAUCAGGUGCCUAUGAUUAAGCCCAACUGAAGCAAGGGACAGCCUUAAGACCUGGAGUCUGAACUCCAUGGACCGGACCGUGAACCAGAAUGCAGAUUUCAUGAACUGGACCAUGACAAUUGUUUCUUAAUACUUGUUAAUAAAUCACAAUAUAAAAAGAAAUAUCACAAGAUAACAUAAGAAAU